AUGAUUAUGAAUCGCUUGUGCUGCUGCGGCCUCACGCUGAUCUUGGCGUGCACCUUUGCCGUCAUUCUGCUUUGCACCGGAUUUCUGAUGUACGUCCCGAAGACCGACCACCAGGGUCUGACCAUCAACUCCGAGCAAAACGUCCCCGACGGGUUUAUCUGCCCCAAAUAUUCGUUCUUGAAUGAGACGGGAUGCUUCAAGACUGAGCACUGCAAGCGCGUUAGCGAGGCCAUGAUUGACGACAACCUCCUCGACCUCAAGAUCCGCCUGGCCUGCAACCCGCGCAAGUACAGCAUCCUCUUCUACGCCUGCAUCGCCGUCGGUCUCGCUGCUUUGCUCCUCGAGGUCGUCUUCGUCGCCAUGUUCAUCUUCCGCAAGCCGAAGGUCGCAGUCGAAUCCGAGGUCGCUGCC